AUGGCAGCGCCUAGAAGGAUGUUGGAAUCUUGUUAUGAAGUCGAUGAAAUCAUAAGUGACAAAAAUGGUUGUUAUCACAUACUCGAUAUACACCACGAGGCUUACUUUCCGCCGGAAUCUCCGCCCAUGGCACAUCCCUUAUUCCCGAACGCCUUAAAACACGCAAAAGAGAUGAAGAACAAAAUGAUGCUCAACUAUCACCCGGAUAAAGUCCUAUCUCAGGAAUCUCAGGAAAAAGAGAAGGCCGCAGAAUCUUGCGCGAAGAUAAACGACGCUUAUGAGAACAUCGCGGAGAGUGCUGAGAAGCGAAGAACAUACGAUACCUUGCAACUGGCGAGAGAGAGAGCAAAGGAACUCCCUUCAGUACCAACGGUUCAGCAACUGAAGGUGCCUUUCUUCUCGCACCUGCGCUGGAAGACAAAUGGAGAAAUCGCUCCGGGUUCGGAAGGUUCGGGUGUGGGGUAUGCUAAAAUCAUGGGCGUGACUGCGGACCAAGAAUUAGAGCUACAAUCGCCGUAUGCUCCGCAGCAAGAUGGCGAUGCACAGAUUAUUAGAGUACGAGUAUCGGAGUUAUCGCCUGAAAGUACAACAGUAUCGAAGGAGGAGUACGCGUGCGUGGGUGUCAAAGUCGGUUACGUUAAAAGUAUAUACUCGCCGUAUCUCGAACAGAUGUGUGGUGUUCGAUUCGACCUCUGCGCGAAUAUAACAGUUAUCAACAAAGAGUUUUCACAUCGUUUCGAACUCCUCGACGAAGAAAAAGAAAACGAAAUACUGCCGGGGUUCAGAGACAAAGCGAAAGACACAAUCACUUACAGCCAACGAGGUGGAUUUUCGCAGCAACUUCCCAGAGUCAAUAUAGACGUGAAAUUUAGAGGCAUCAGAUUGAGAUGCUCUGUGGGAUUUAUGGAUGCUGGUUUCUCACCCAUUUCGUCGGGAGAAAAUCAACGCAAAGUUUUAAUCACGUUUGGCCAAAACGAGCUCGACAGGUUCAAACGCGUCGCACCUGGUUUUAAUUUUCAAACGUGA